UUAAUAUCCUACAAAAUGGCUGGUGGCGACGCUAAGAAGGGUGCCAACCUUUUCAAGACCCGCUGUGCGCAGUGCCACACCGUCGAGAAGGACGGCGGCAACAAGAUCGGCCCUGCCCUGCACGGUCUCUGGGGCCGCAAGACCGGCUCCGUCGAGGGCUACUCCUACACCGAUGCCAACAAGCAGAAGGGCAUCGAGUGGAACGACGACACCCUGUUCGCCUACCUCGAGAACCCCAAGAAGUACAUUCCUGGCACCAAGAUGGCCUUUGGCGGUCUCAAGAAGGAGAAGGACAGGAAGGACCUGAUUGCCUUCCUCAAGGAGUCCACUGCUUAAGCGACGAAUUCGUGGUCGCGUGUAAUGAUAUCACAAUGAUAGAACGUGGGCAUGGCGGAAUGUGUAUUAUAGACUUUUCUCUCUUACCGUGAGGGAGCAUCAGCGCCGUGCAUCGUGUCCCCCUUUUUUCACAACUCCUCUUCUACAGUAUGAGAGCGCCGUUGAUCCUGGAUGAGGAUUCGGCGCAUUUGGAAAUACGAUACGAUUCCAAACUUCCGUG